GUCACGGUUCGCCAAGCAGUGGUGACGGUGGCGCGUCGCCUUUGGAAGGAGAAGCCGAGGCCGAGGUUUCUUUCUCUCGCCGUGGCCCUCUCCUCUCCGCUGCUGCCGUAGUAUUCGCAGGCGUCACGCGCGGUCGGCGGCCACUUCGUUCAUACCGACGGUACGCGCAGUGGCGGAAGAUUGUCCGCAGAUCCGUUUGUGCAGCGUUUUCGACGAUCCUGCUGCAGAUAUAGUUUUGUCGAUCAGUAUUCGAUCUCAGCGAACUGACGUCGUUGGACCUCUGUGCGUAAGUAAACGAAAAGUGCAUCACCGUUGUUGCACUUGUGCAGACCUCUGCUCCUCGUCGUAUUGUCUGCAGUUAUCGUAACUCCGCGGCUAGACCGUCGCAGGGUCGUAACACUGCCACAGAUGGCUGCCGUACCGCCAGCGACUCGCGUAAAAAAACGAUUUUGGUUGAUAUCGAACCUGAUUUGCACCCGGUGACGAACAUCGCGAUGGCCGCAGCCGUGGCGGCCACCACUCCUCCGACAGCCGACAAUCGGUGCGUCGGUGGCGGCGAACCAUCGGUGGCGGCGACUAUGAGACAACAGACAGUCGUACCGCUGCCGUCAAGCGAUAUCCCGGCAUUGACAUCUUCGGGACGGCGGCGGCGACGGUUAGGCGGAAACGACCGGAAUCCACAGGUGUCUCGGAGUUCGACCAGCAGCUGCUCGUCGUCGCCGGUAUCGUCAUCGGACGACGAUGAGGACGACGACGACGACGGUGGCAUGGAUGGCGUGGAAGCCGAGUUUGGCGGACGCGGCGUAGUCGGCGUACAGCCUCCACCGGUGGCUGCCAAGCGGCUCAAGGACUUACAGCAACAACUGGUCGACCUGGAUGACUUGGAACUGCUAGAUCGUCAUCUGGCCGUCGAAAGUGAGCCCGGAAACUCACUGCGUGAUUCGGUGUCCGACGGCGGAGCCGGUGGUACGACCGGUAUGGUGGCCGAAGAGCUCAGACAGAAGAACAAGGACCUGGUGCUGGCCGCCCGUCUCGGCAAGGCACUGUUGGCCAAAAACGAUGAACUAUCACUGAUGAACGAGCGGCUGGCUGAGGAGUAUGGCGACAAGUUGGAGGAGAUCGAACAGGACCGCCACCGGUUACGUAGACAGUUGGCACAGGCCAGGGCCGAGUGCGAGCAACGGUGUCACGAGCUGCAGGCCGAUCUCAGGGAUCUGCAGGCGGUACUCGACAGCCGGGAACGUCAGCUGCGCGAGGCGGAUAAACAGAAACGAGCAGUGGUCCGAGAGCUCACGGACCAGAAUGGCAGAUUGCAGUCGCACAUCAGAGAGCUUUCUCAAGCAGAAGCAGAGCUUCGGCACAAGUGCCGUCUGCUGGAAGACGCGCAACAGCCACAACAUGGCAGCGGAAAAUGGACAGGAAUCGGAGGAGUUGGAUCGCCCGCGUCCAUGACCAAUGGUGGGUCCACCACCGAUUAUGGGUCGCUAACACCCGACGACUACCGCAGCCUGGACGUAUUGCGUGAUGAGAUCGAUAUGAAAGCUGCGGAGAAACAGCGGCUGCAGAAGAGGAUGGCCGAAUUGCGGUCCGACCGUGAUCGGUUGGCCGAACUUCUCGAACUCAAAGAUCGCCAGUUGGCCGAAUGCCGGGCUGAGGCGAACCAUUACGAGCACAGGUCGGCUAUGUUGGCCAAGCAGUUGGACGACGCGCUCUGUUCGGGUGGUGCAGGGGACUGGAGAGGACGAGGGGGAAAGUGCGCUUCGUGCAACAGCAUCGGUGGCACGACGACGUCCCGGACGAAUGGCUCUGGCGGUACCGAAUCGCAGCCCAUGUCGCUGUUGGCCGAACUGGAACAAGCCGAGGCGGCCAGCACGCAGACGGCCGCUGGUACUGCGCCGCCCAUGGUCGACGUAGACCUGACGGAGCAUCGGCCCAACGACCCCAACGACUUCGGGUCGGACGCCGAACGGUUGGUGACCCGACUGUGCGAUGCGCUCGAGCGCCGGGCCGGCCAAGCGGACGCCGUUUCGCCGGAGUUGUCGGCCAGCACCAGGUACCGGCUGCUCAAGCUGAUGGGCUGCGGCGGCGGUGGAGACGGGAGCACGGCGGCCGGCGUCAAGACCACAGGCCCCGUUGACCUAGCGGAGCUGGUUCGCAACCGAGACGGUCGGGUGGCCGAGCUCACGUGUGAGUUGUCCGUGAGAGACGCGGAGCUACAGGCAGCCCGGGAGGAACGUGAUCUGGCUGUGCGGGACAAAAUGGACGCGAUGCGAAUUCAGUGCGUCCGAUGUGGUGAUGCGGGCAGUGGAGAGGCCGCCGACGCCACUACCGGGUCCGGUACCGACGAAAAGGACACGUCGUUAAUCCCGGAACUGCUGAGAAAAGCGUGGGAACAGCGGGAUGGGGCGGUAAGGAGGAAAAACGCAGUGCAGGUGCAGCUGGCCCGGACCCGGGUGGACGUGUUACAGGCCAACGGUCAACUGAUGGAGGCCAUCGGGCAGAAGGUGGAACUCAGCCAACAGUUGGAACAGUGGCAGAUGGACAUGCAAGCUCUGCUCGAUGAGCAGAUGCGCAGGAAACUGCUUGCACCACCGGUGCAAUCUUCGGCCACUGGUACAGCCGAAUUUGGUGGUGGAAAUCAGCAAAAGUUUUCCAGCACCGGAGGAUUCCCUUCCAUGUCGGCUUCGAGCUUGGGAAGUCUCGGGUCGUCGGGUCUCAUGAACUCGCUGCUGAUGAUUGCCGGCGGCGGAGGCAACGCAAACAGAUGACGUGGCAAACGAUAUUGUUGAUUUAAGAAACGUCGUGGACCGUUCGAUUAUAGACAAUAAUAUAACAUUGUAAUAAUAUAUUGUGAAUAAUUGUGUAGUGGAUCAAGUUCGCGUAUUAGUCAUAUCGCACCCAAUCGACGUUUUAAACGGACAAAUAAGAAAUAGAUUUCAUCAUUAUUAUUUUUAUUUUCGAUCUGGUUUACGUUAAUCGUCGACUUACUUAAAUAUAAUAGACUUGUCGGUGCCCCGUUAAUGCUUUUUAUACAUACUAUACUAAGCAUAGUUUUUUUAUCUUUUAUUUCCCUACAAGUCCACGUCAAAUUUCACACGAAUUUCUAACUGUAAGACAAUAAGAAGUUCUCCAAAAUCGUAAACAUGUGAUAGUCAUUUUCUAAAAUUAUUUUGGCCUCUGUUCGUGUCAUAGACCCUUUCCAGAACAUUUAUGAGUGUAUGUACAUAGUUUAUCUGGCGGUUCGUUUCAGUUUAUUUGUUUAUAUAUAUUCUAGACUGUAGUGUUGAAAAACUAGUACAAAAUAUUUAUAACAAAAGUUACCUCACGUGCGCACACUCAUUGAUAUGAUAUUAUACGUCAUAAUGUAUUUAUAUAUUAAGGUGGAGAAGUUUUAGGAUUUGUUCAAAUUAUUGCUCACACAAGAAACUAUAGAAACUCAUAAACUGAAAUUUAUAGAUUUCCGGAUAUUUUGUUCUUUUAAAAAAAUCAAAAGCUUAAAUUGGUGUUUUUAUAACUAUGUCGUACAAAUGUAUAAUAUUAUACUUAAGUACGUUCAAAAUGUCACGAGACGUGUAAAAUAUAAUAAAUUACAAUCUUAUUAUAAUUAGAUUGUGCACUUUAUAAUUACCCGUAUGUUUUUAUUAUCAAAUACAAAUUUCAACAAAUUUAAAAGUUGUACAAAAAUACAAAAUACUAAUUGGAUAAUUAUUACUUAUAACAAAAUAUUAUUUACUGUUCUUAAAUUUUAUCACGCAAGACAUUUUUUUUUUUGUCAAGUUUACUAUGUAAAUAAUUAUAUAUUUAAACUUUUCGUGUUUUUUACUGCCCGUUUUGAUCCUAUAAGUUUCUUAGCCCAAUAUUAUACUUUUCGUGUAAGUAGGUGUAUCAUUGUACAUAAACGAUAAACUAAUAUAUUGUACUAUUCGCUAAUAUAAAUACUAUAAUACAUUAAGACGUAUACAUACAACUAGAAUCUACUUAUAUAAAUAUUAUAUAUUAUUCAAUUGUUGUAUUAAUUAUAAUCGAUAUUUAAAAUUGUAUCUUAUACUAUACUACCUAUAUAUUAUUGUAAGAACGAUAUAGUAUUAAGAGCACGUUCACCAUUAUAUUUAUAACCAAGUACCUACAUUAUUGUAAAAAGAAAAAAAUAGAAACCAAAUAAUCCACAAAUUAUUCGUGUAUAAAUCUAUGUACCUGUUGUUAUAUAAGUACUUAAAAAAAAUAACAAUAAUAAUUUUUCAUAUCUUAAUAAAAAUGUUUGUAUGAAAAUUA